CGAGCGUUGAGGAGAACGGGUCGUGAGGGAAGUCGAUGCUUGGUGACUGUUGACAGCGGCGACCGUCACGCAACUGCUUCUAGCGAGAGAGAUAUAACGCUAUUUAAUACUAUUAUAAUAGUGCAUAAUGAGUUCAAUCGGCACAGGGUAUGAUCUCUCAGCUUCGCAGUUUUCACCAGAUGGACGUGUAUUUCAAGUUGAAUAUGCCCAAAAGGCAGUAGAAAAUAGUGGGACAUCAGUUGGUCUGAGGUGCAAGGAUGGAGUUGUUUUUGCAGUAGAGAAAAUCAUUACAUCAAAGCUUUAUGAACAUGGAGCCAACAAGCGCAUAUUUACAGUUGACACACAUGCUGGCAUGGCUUGUGCUGGACUAUUAGCAGAUGCCCGUGCCAUUGUAGAUGUAGCAAGAAUUGAAGCAUCAAACUACAGAGCUGAGUAUGGAAUGCCUAUCCCUUGCAAGCUCCUAGCAGAACGUGUCAGUACCUACCUCCAUGCCUACACUCUGUACUCUGCAGUGAGACCUUAUGGCUGCUCCGUCAUGAUUGGGGCCUUUGAUCAUGAUGGCCCUCAGCUUUACCUCAUUGACCCAUCUGGCAUGUGUAAUGGAUACUAUGGUUGUGCAGUUGGCAAAGCAAAACAAAAUGCAAAAACUGAAAUUGAGAAACUAAAAUUAAGAGAUCUGACAUGCCGGGAGCUUAUCAAGGAAGCUGCAAAAAUCAUUUACCUUGUCCAUGAUGAAGUAAAGGACAGGCAUUUUGAGAUGGAGCUCUCCUGGGUUUGUAAUGAAUCUGGAGGUCUUCACCAGCUAGUCCCAGACGCUGUAUACAAGGAGGCAGAACGCUAUGCCAAAGCUGCUCUGGAGGAGGAUUCCUCUGAUGAAGAUGAGGAGAUGUAAAGCCUCUGUAUAAAGGAUAUUCAUAUACUGUAUCCUGCAUUUCCCAGCUGAACUGUUAACAUUUCAGAAACACUUUGUCAAUGUUAUUAAUGCAGGGUUUUCUUAUCAAGAUUCAGGAAUAUGGUACUAAUGUUUUUGUUAGGGGAGGGGGGGGGGAAAUGUUGAAAUGGUAAUUUUUACAUUGGUGUAUAUCAAAAUUUUCAUUUUUCUUUUUUUCUGAAUUGAAAAUCAUUUACACUAGGUAGAUGAAAUAUGGGUUAUGUUUACAGUACAUCUUGAAUUUGUGAUUGUGAAGGUUACUAAAAUAAAUAAAUCGUCUUGUA